GAUUUUUCAGACAUUGAUAUCACAAUCUACUUACCUAUUCAUUUGUAAGGGAGUCAAAAAAUCCAAAACUAACAAAAUGUUCAAGUUGUUCGCUGUCUGCUUCCUCGCACUCUUCGCUGUUGCUUUCGGUGCUGCUAAGCCCGGUCUCUUGGCUGCUCCAUUGGCUUACUCUGCUCCUUUAGCCGCUGCUCCAGUUGCUGCUGCCUAUGCCGCUCCAAUCGCCGCUGCUUACUCCGCUCCCCUCGCUUACACUGCAGGAUAUGCUGGUUACGUCGCACCCUACGCUAGCAGCUACUCCGCUCACUCGAUCGCCCACUCUGCCGCUUUCCCAGCUGCCUAUGCCGCCGCUCCCGUGGUUGCUGCCCCAGCCCCAGUCCUUGCCGCUGCCGCCCCAGCUGUUGCUGUGCUCAAGAAGUAAAUAGAAAAUCGCAAGGAGCCCAUUUUCUAAAAUUUGUGUACCUAACUGCUGUGAACUGAAAUAAAACGAUACUUU